AUGCCUUACACUGACUUCCAUCGACCGCAUCAUGAUUCAAAUCCAUCCCCCGUCUUUGUUGACUCAGAUGGAUCACAGGUCUAUGAAUCACCCUACCAAGGUCUACUUUCCCAAAUCAUCUCACGAAACGAUUUGGCAGCUCUAAAGUCGUACAACGAUUGUCCUUAUACCUAUGUGUUCUGGAAAAAUUACGAGUUCGAUGAAAGCAAUCCGUUUCACAUUGCCAUCUAUAACGACAAUUUCGAUAUUCUGCGUGAGCUCGUACGGAUUUAUUCCUCGGAUACAAGCUUGACAGAGCCCUUGCAAAACUAUAUCAAAAGACAUCAUGUCUCUCCUGUUCUCGAGGCUUGUGCAAUGGGCAACCAAGAGAUGGUGCUCUGGUUGAUGAACCAUAAUCCCUCGUUAGGGACAUUGGAAGAUCGGGAUUCAGAAGGUCUCACAGCCCUUUUCAGAGCAGUCGAGGGCCUGAAAGAAGUGGGCACUAUGAUGCUGCAAGCACAAGAUGAAGGAAGUGAGGCGCUUCGACGACCAAAGCUUGAUCAGCGUUGGGCGCGCAUGGAACCAUUCAUUAGUUGGCUUCUGGACAUGAACUGCCCUAUGGAGAUGGAAGAUGAGGGGAAUGAGGAAAUUGAUAAGCAACUACCAAAGGACGAAUGCGACUAUACUAGUGUCCUACAUGAAAACGUACUCGGCGAAGCUGUCUGCCACGCAAGCUACAGUCUAGUCUCACGUCUUAUUUCUAAAGGAGCAGAUCCUUAUGUAUUCCAGAGAUGGCAUGGCGGCAAUAGCUUUGCCAUAGAGUAUGCGGAAAGAACAACGCCAUUACACAUUGCUGCAUUAUAUGGCAAUGUCGAAGCCAUUAAAGCUUUGUUUGAGCAUCGAUCACUUGGAAAGAAUACAAAUAUGGUGUCUAUCAUCGAUGAAGAGGGGCGAAUCCCGCUACAUUGGGCAGUGGCAGGAACGCACAUGGAUACGAUUGACUCUUAUAAGAUCACGUCGCGGAUGGCAGCUACUGUGAAGCUACUUCUUGAUUUCGACCCUGAUACCCUUUACGCUCGAGAUAAGGUUGGCGCUACAGUCUUCCAUUACGCAGCCAAAAACAACACAGGCAAUGGGGCAAAUAUUAAGGCCAUAACCAUACUUCUGGGAGCUGCUCGGGAUUGUUCAGAUAUACUCAACACGCGAAAUAAUUCUGGGACCAGUCCUCUUGGAGAGCUAAUCGAUUCUCACCAACUCACUCCCAGUGGUCUGACACAUAUGAAAGAGAUCACCGGGCUUCUACUGAAGCGCGGAGCUGAUGCGCGACGAUGUGACGAAGCUGGACGAAAUAUUCUGCAAAAAAUAUGCAGCCUUGCUUGGCUGGAGCCAAUCAGCUCGACCUUCAUAGACCAAUUACUCCAGCAACUUGAUGUCAAUGAGAAGGAUGACUAUGGCUGUACAGCUCUUCACUAUCUCGUAAAGAACUUCGAUCAAGCCGAUGCUGUCCGACACUUUUGCAGUCAAGGUGCAGACGUGAAUGCAGUUGACAAGGAAGGGAAUACUCCCCUUCACAAAGCGAUGAAGGGUACAAUGAUUCGGAAACAGGAUGACCCUACGGGUCUUGAGCAACUUCCCAUGCGCCUUAAGAAUGCACAGAAUGAGAUCAUUCAAAUACUAUUGACUUCCGGGGCAUCUGAAGGAAUUGUCAACGGAAAUGGAGAAACCCCCAGGCAAGUACAGAAGAGGGGUUUAGAAGAACGUGCCCGCCGAUUGGCGGCGCAGAAAGUCGCCCGCGGAAGGGGUCAAGGAAGAGCAGUUCGGUAG